AUGAAUGAAUCAUCUAGUGUUGAGAACGUUUCGAGUGAUGAAAAUAUGAGAAGUGAACAAAAUGAAGUGAUGAAUGAUACUAACAAAUUGAGUGAUACUGACAAAUUGAAUGAGAACCAACUUGUGAACAUUGUGAAGAUAAAAAAAGAGAGUGAUGGAUAUAUAAAAAAGAAAAGAAAUGAAAAAAUUAGCUUUGAUAUAUUUUUUUAUUUACAUCAAGUAUAUCAAAAACAUGGAUUAUAUAAUGAAGACAUAUCUCGAUUUCUACUUUAUAUUAAUAGAAGAAGAAGAAAAAUAAGAAGUAAAAUAUUAUUUAAUGUAAAGAAAGUAGGUAAAUAUAUAUCUAAAAUAUAUGAAUGUGAUGAUAUGGAUGAAUUAUUUUUAGAAUUAUUAUUAUUAGAUGUAGAAGCAUGUAGAUGUAGAUAUCUUGAAAUAAAAACAGAUGUGAAUAAUUUGAAAAAACCUUACAGAGCUAAAUUUUCUUAUAUGAGACGUUUAAAAAAAUCUGUUCACAAAAUGAAUUUUCUUAUACAAACAAUAAAUAAUUUUGUAGAUAAAAAUACAGAAUUACAAAUUAAAUGUUACAAUUCAUUUAUUCAAGCAUCUUAUCUUGUUGAAAAAAAGAAAUAUGAAGAAUGUUUAUCUAAAACAGAUGAAUUCUUAAAAUUUAUUAAACUAAUAAAAAGGAUAUCUUUAAAUGCUCAUGCACAAACGAAUCAAAUGAAAGAUCAUCAAAAUGAGAAUGAUAAUAAAUGUGAUAAACAAGAUAUGAAUGAUAAGAGAAGUUCACUUGUAUAUGAACAUGAUUCUAUAAAUUUACAAAAUGAAUCUUAUUUUUCGAAUUUAAAUAAUAAUCUCAUGAAUUCUGAAAAAGCCAUUGAUAUAACAUUUGAUUAUUUUCUAUCUGUAAUUAAUUCAUGUGAACGUACCUGUUCAUAUAAUAUGAAGAAACAUAGAUUAAGUUAUAUAAAUGAAAAAUUACAUGAGGAUGAUUUUAAAUAUACUCAUAAUAAUGAUAAUAUAAUACCAAGCAUCAUCAACAACAACAACAACACCAACAAUAAUAAUAAUAAUAAUAAUAAUAUAAAUGAAUCCUAUUGUAAUAAUAUAUCUACAAGUGAUAAAAAUUAUUAUAAUCUAAAUAUUCAACAUGUAAAUAAUGAUAUCAUUAUUAAUUUAUAUAAUGUAGAAUACAAAUGGGUUCAACACAAUAAUAAUAAUAAUAUUUUGAAGAUACAAAAUAUUAUAAAAAAUGUUAAAAAAUAUAUUGAGGAUGAUUAUAUAUAUAAAAUGAAUAUAGAAUAUAAUGAAAAUAAUAUUAAAGACUUAUCAAAUAAUAUACAAAUUGUUUUAGACCUCUUCAAAAAGUAUGAUAAAGAAAAUAUUAUAAAAUUUUAUGGAGACAUAUAUUGUAAUUAUUAUGAGUGCUUACGAAUUAUACACGAAGAAUUAAUUACCUGUGCAAACAACAGAAACAAUAAUAAUAAUAAUAAUAAUAAUAAUAAUAAAAAUAGUGACAGUAGUCACAAUAGUAACAACAAUAUUGAUAAUAAUAAUUCUAGUGGUGAUUAUAAUAAACUCAAAGAAAAAAUUUGGACCCUACUAGAAAAUUAUUUUCUGGCACAAAAACUUUAUGUAGAUAUCGAACGAACUAUUCUAAUACUAAUGAAAAGCUUGUUAGAUUUAUAUUAUACAAAUAAGGAAUCAAAAAAUUUUCAUUUUAAUAAGAAGAAAAAAAAUUUUGGAGAUCUAAUAGAUGAUAUGCCAAUAUUACAUACAGGUAUUAGGUAUGCAGAUAUAUUAAAACAAAAUAUUGAAGAAUUAAGAAAUAUAGAAAAUAAAGAUAUUUUUAUUAAUAUAUUACAAAUUAUUAAAAAUUUAAAAUCAUUUUGUUUAGCUUUUUAUUAUGCAUUAAAUAAAAAAAAUACUGAAGCACAUGUAUUAUUUGAUGUUAUCAAAACAAGAAAUUAUAUAUAUAUUAAAAAAGAACAUAUGAAUAAUAUUAAAUCUCCAUCUCUUUUAAGAAUAUCUAUUCUAUUUAAUAGAUUACAAGAUGUAAUUUCUUUAAUUAAUGAAAAAUAUUAUUUUAGACAUCUAUCAAUAUAUGCAUUACAAGUUAAAAAUAAAUCAUCUCAACAAAACCAAUUGUUUCAAUUAGAUAAUUCUCUAUUCGCUCCAAAAAUGAAACAAAUAUCUUUAAAUCCUUUACAUAUAGAUAUGACUCAAAUGUAUCGUACAUCUUACUUAUUAGGACAUGACCAACAAAGAGGAGAAAGAGGUUCAUUAAUAAGGGGAUUAUUACGUUCAUUCUGGAAAUAA